UGGCGCACUUCGCUCAGAACCCCUUGGAACGGCGAUCUAAACAGUGGGCCCAUCAUGUCCAUAGCGGAAUUGUAUAAGGAUCAGGAGAUCUUUGUGACCGGCGCCACGGGUUUCGUGGGCAAGGCACUGAUUGAGAAACUACUCCGUUCCUGUCCAAAACUAAGCCGGAUUUAUGUCCUGAUGAGGCCCAAGAAGGGCAUUGAUAUCGAGGAUCGGUUGCAGCAGCAAUGGGAGACCAAGUUAUACGAUAGACUGCGUCAGGAACAGCCCGAUUCCCGGUCCAAAUUGGUGGCCAUUGCCGGCGAUGUGGAGCAACUGGGUCUUGGGAUCAGUCCCCCGGACUUGGAGAGACUUAAAAAUGUCACUAUAGUCUAUCAUUCGGCGGCUAGUGUCCGUUUUGAUGAUCAUCUGCGUGCCGCCAUUUUGAUGAACACUCGUGGCACCCACGAACUCGUAAAGAUAGCACUCGGAUGGCGUAAACUCAGGGCCUUCGUCCAUGUGUCCACCACAUACUCGAAUCCCAGUGUCCUGGAAGUGGAGGAGAAGGUCUAUCCACCGAUUGCCGAUUGGCGUACUACGAUUAAACUGGCAGAGACCUACGAUGAGGAGACUUUGGAUAUCUUCAAUCUAAAAUAUGGAAACUUUCAACCCAAUACCUACACUUUUACGAAGAGCUUGGCCGAACAGGUGGUUAAUGAAUAUAGAGAUCGAUUACCUGUUUUUAUAUUUAGGCCAUCGAUAGUGGUCUCCACCAUUGAAGAACCUAUGCCUGGCUGGGCUGACAACUUCAAUGGCCCCACGGGUCUACUGGUGGCCUGUGGCGUUGGCAUCCUACGCUCCCAGAACUGUGACCCCCAUGUGGUGGCCGAUUUCGUGCCCGCCGAUAUAGUGGCCCGCACUCUGGUCACCUCCGUCUUCAAGUUCGUCAAGGAGUCAGAGGUCAAAGUUAAGGAGAAGAGCGAUGACCUUUAUGUCGUCAACUGUGCCACUGCCAAUAUAUCGCCCAUAACCAUGGGGGAGGUGAUCGAAAUCGGGAAGACCUAUAUCCGGGAGAAUCCCUUCGAGAAGACUUUGUGGCUUCCGGGAGGUAGUAUUACCAUGUGUCCUGUGUUGCAUUUUAUAAGGUUUAUAACUCAACAUCUUCUAAUGGCUGCCGUGGUGGACACUCUUCUACGAUUAUAUAACGAAAAGCCUUUCUUAAUGAAGCUACAACGUCGUAUUUUUGCUGCCUUUAGUGCCUUGCAAGUGUUCGCGAUGACAGAAUGGCACUUCAAGAAUGACAAUUUCAAGGCCCUCCACAAAAUCGUUCCCCAGAACGAAGUAUCCACCUUUGGCUUCAUGCAACAUGCCAAUCUAAACUACGUGGACUUCUUCCAGCACGGUAUUCGGGGCGCCAAGGAGUUCCUUUUGAAGGAAAGUCCGGAAAGUAGCAGUUCCGCCCGAUUCCGGAUGAAAAUCUUCUAUGUUCUGGAUUAUCUUUUCAGGGCCAUAGCCUAUAGUUUCAUUUUGCGUCUGGCUUACAGAUUUUUAGUGAGCCUAUGGUAAAAAAAGUUUCAUUUUUAAAAUGAUUCUUAAAAAAUAUUAAAAUAAUAGGUAAAAGGAAUAAAGAGGUUUUUUUUUUUGUAAAUUCUUUCAAAUUAAAGUUAAACUUUAAAAAAAUGUUGUUUUAUUUGUUUAUUUAAGCAGAAAAUAAAUAUUUUAAGCAAAAAAUAAAUCUAAAUAACGGUUUCUUAUGAAAUCUGGCAACUAUUUACUAAGCUAGCGCCACCUAUGUGUUGUUUUCAUAAAUCAGGGCUGCUUUGCAAGACAGGGUUGCCAGACUGGCGAAAAACAAAAUGGUGCAGCGUACAUAAAAACUAAAAAGAAGAAGCAGAGAAACAGAAAAACAUUCAGAGCGUACAUAAAAUAUACAUUUGUGUGUGGAAACACCGUAAACACAAGCCGUAAAAAUCACAGGAUACGGAUCUGCAAAGGGGAGAGGCAACUGCAAAGGACACAGACACCAUACAGAAGCGAUCGCGGAAAUCUGCAGAUUCCAAGCCAGCGGAGUUAGGAUUUAUUUUGUUUUUUUUUGCGCCCCCCCCAUCUCGCUGGGAUUCCAAGGAGCACCACCUCCUGAUAGGUGGCAGAGCAGCACCCACCGGAAGCGUAGGAGGAGCACCCCAACGGCCACCACCACCACCUCCCCACAGCUGGCUGCGGGGAGAGCCAAAAAAAAAAAACAUAACUAAUUGGAUUAGCCGGAGAUUGGAAUUAAAAACAAAAUAAAAUAGAAAAAGGGGCGCAGAAGAAAGACAGGAAGGAGGUGGGGCCAGUGGCUAAAACGACAGGCG